AGGGGCGGGGCCUGACUCCUGCUGCGGGGCAGCGGGGAACGUGGCCAGCCCGGGAAGCUGCUGCGGGGGCGAUGGCCGCGCCGAGCCCGGGGCCCCUUGAGCAGGUCCUGGCCCCCUCCCCUGAGGCUGGAUGCAGAGCAGUGACCUCCAGCCGCCGGGGGCUUCUCUGGCGCCUCCGAGAAAAGCAGUCUCGCCUGGGCCUGUUUGAGAUCAGCCCGGGGCAUGAGCUGCAUGGGAUGACGUGCAUGAUGCAGGCAGGGCUGUGGGCUGCCACCCAGGUCUCCAUGGACCACCCACCCACGGGGCCGCCCUCCCAGGACGAUUUCUCCGAGGUCCUAACCCAGGUUCAUGAGGGCUUCGAGCUAGGCACGCUGGCCGGCCCCGCCUUUGCCUGGCUGCGCCGCUCUCUGGGCCUGGCGGAGGAGGACUAUCAGGCUGCGCUGGGCCCCGGCGGCCCCUACCUGCAGUUUCUCAGCACAUCCAAGAGCAAGGCCAGCUUCUUCCUGUCCCACGACCAGCGCUUCUUCCUGAAGACCCAGGGGCGCCGGGAGGUGCAGGUGCUGCUCGCCCACCUGCCCCGCUACGUGCAGCACCUGCAGCGACACCCGCACUCGCUGCUGGCGCGGUUGCUGGGAGUGCACAGUCUGCGGGUGGACCGGGGAAAGAAGACAUACUUCAUCAUCAUGCAGAGCGUCUUCUACCCCCCCGGCCGCAUCUCUGAGAGGUAUGACAUCAAAGGCUGCGAGGUGAGCCGCUGGGUGGAACCUGCCCCUGAGGGCAGCCCCCUUGUCCUGGUGCUGAAGGACCUCAACUUUCAGGGCAAGACCAUCAACCUGGGGCCCCAGCGGAGCUGGUUCCUCCGCCAGAUGGAACUGGACACCACUUUCCUCCGGGAGCUCAACGUGCUGGAUUACAGCCUCCUGAUGGCCUUCCAAUGUCUCCAUGAGGAUGAGAGGGGCCUGGGCAGUAGCCUCAUCUUCCGGACAGCCAGGUCUGUGGAAGGGGCACAGAGCCCGGAAGAGUCGGAAGCACAAAACCGCCGGUUGCUGCCUGACACCCCCAACGCCCUUCACAUCCUGGACGGGCCGGAGCAGCGCUAUUUCCUGGGUGUCGUGGAUCUCGCCACGGUGUACGGGCUCCGCAAGCGGCUGGAACACCUGUGGAAGACACUGCGCUACCCGAGCAGGACCUUCUCCACUGUCAGCCCGGCUCGCUACGCCCGUCGCCUCUGCCAGUGGGUGGAGGCGCACACGGAGUGACCAGCGCCCGGCCCCACUCUCCGGAUCUGGAUGAUGGGCCGCACGCCAGGAAAGCCGGUUCCUCCGGGCCCGGGCAUCUCGCCUGUGCUUCCUCCUGAUGGUCGCCAGAGGGCAGCAUCCCCUAACUAAUACCGUAACCAUGCAGCCCCGUUUGACGGUGGUGCUGUGCCCAGCAUCGUGCCAAGGACUCCCCUACUUUAGCUUAUUUAAUCCUCAAAAAAUGCUAUUAUUCUCUUUUUACAGACCAUGAGAUGGAGGCUCAGGGGGUGAAGGGACUGAAACAGAUCAUUCAGCAAUAAAUGCUGGAUCCAGGACUCAACAUGGCUUUUGGAUUCCGGAGGCUAUAUUCUUAACCACCAACUAACUCCUGGAGCUUGGUCCUCAUGAUCUGGGCAAGGGGGGAGGCUGAAGGCUGCAGCCCUCUUGUCGUCCAGAUGGGGAAACUGAGGCCCAGAGACCUUAAGGGGCUUAUGCACUGGAAACUCCAGCCUGGCCUCCAACCCCAGUUCAAUCCGACCAUGCCCCAACCCCAAGCAGGCCUUUCCUCCAGAGCUGCCCCAGGGACUGGCUGCGUGACUGGGGCAAGGUGCUAAACCUCUCUGUGCCUCACUGGUCUAAUUUGUAAAAUGAAAGGAUGGAAACAGACCUCAUUAACUCAUUAAAUAUUUGUUGAGCACCUGCCAUGUGACAGGCCCUCUGCUGGGUAAUGGGGACCUGGGCA